CCACGGUGUGGCAGUGGUGGCUCCUCAGUGUUUCCACGAGAAAGAGAGUGAGCCUCUUCGCGCACCGGUUGCAUGGCACCUAGGUUUGAAUGAACGGCACCUUUUGGAGCAGGAAAGUCUGGUUUUGGCCGUACUGGACUGGAGUUCAGUUUGCACUAGUACGCCUUGAGGCCUGCACACACGUUUGACACACGCGGGUGUGUAGAGUAACGUAAAGCGAAUCUGAAAAAAGGGCUUCGCCGCGUGGAAUCGCGACCAAGAUUUCGCGACUUCGUUUUCUGUCCACUUCUUGACGGUCUUCUCUGUUGUCGUCGUGGUCCCAGCGGUUCGAGUUGUCGUUGUUGUCUUCGCGCGCGCCCUCACAGCUCCGGUGCGGUUUUUCUCGUUCUCUUUUCUCCGCGCGCCGUGAAAUGGGUUCCAGCGAGAUUCUCGGUGUGUUGUUUUUUGUAUCAAUCGCGCGCGGCCAUAUGCAUUCCGGUGCAGCAGUUCGAUCCCGGUGCUACUGGUGCACGUUGAGCGCUUAGCGGAAUUGUAGUGUUCGGCCGUUGUUGUUGUUGUUGUCGUCAUCCGUUCUUGUUUUUUUGUCAUCCCAAGUCCUGACGUAUGUGAGUCAAGUGUGGAAAUCGUGAGAAAAUUGAUUUUUUUUUAUCGUUAAACUGUUUCCCCGUGCUUGGGAUUUGGAUCUAAUACAGUGUCGUUGUGUGAAACCCGCGUUCGGUCGAGUGGUGAAGACAUGCUGUUAUGACACAAAGUCGGUGUGACGAUUUUGGAAGAUUGGAAGCAAACAAACAAAUAAGAGCACUUUCGAGCAUAACACCAAUUGUGAAGAAAAUCCUCGAAACGGUCUCAAAAUUGAUACCUCAAAUCCCCUUCGCCUGAGUGGUGGCGUCACAGGAUCGGCAGCAGUUGUAGUCAGGGAAGAAGAGAGAGGACGUGCAGGUGGUAAUCUUAAUAGAAUUUUCGGUGAACAAAUCGGUGAAUUUCGUAACAGGCUGGCAACGGCCGCAAUGCUGCUGGGAACGCAAAAUCCGGCGGCAAUGGCUGCGGCGGCAGCAGCGGCUGCUGCCAUAGCAGCUUCCAAGGCCGGUGGUACGGCCGGCGGUUCCGGUUCCGGUGGCGGCGGAGGUGCGACGGAUUUUUCGAUAGCAGCCAUCAUGGCACGGGGAGCAGCAGCCGCGGCGGCAGCAGUGUCUGCCAGUGCGCGAGCAAACGGAAGUGCCGGCGGGGGAAGUUCGAGUCGGGAGCCAUCGGAGAGAAGCAUAAGUCCUAUCUCGGUUGAUCGGUUCCAGGAAGGCGACGAUGACGUGGACGUUGACGUGGAACAGUGUAGUGAUUCGGAAACACCAUCGCGUGCCUCCCACAGGGGUUCGCGGUCACGAGCGACCGGGACGCCUUCGGACGAGGAGCGACUGACGCCGGAACCUGCUUCGACAAAACACAACAUUGUCGGCACAUGCAAUUCAGAUGACCUGCGGCCAGUGCAGUGUCAUUUGGAAACGAAAGAACUGUGGGAUAAAUUCCACGAUCUUGGAACGGAAAUGAUCAUCACUAAAACGGGACGACGAAUGUUCCCGACGGUGCGUGUGUCAUUUUCCGGUCCUCUAAGGCAGAUCUCCCCGGCCGAUCGGUAUGUCGUGCUGAUGGACGUUGUCCCGCUGGAUAACCGUCGUUAUCGGUACGCGUAUCAUCGGUCUUCGUGGUUGGUGGCCGGCAAGGCCGAUCCACCGCCACCUCCUCGGUUAUACGCCCAUCCCGAUACACCACUGGGAGCCGAAGCCCUCCGGAAGCAAGUGAUCUCCUUCGAGAAGGUUAAACUGACCAACAAUGAGAUGGACAAGAAUGGUCAAAUCAUUCUCAACUCGAUGCACCGAUAUCAGCCGCGGAUCCAUCUGGUCCGCCUCGGUCCCGGCCAGCAGAUUCCCACUAGCCCAAAAGAGCUGCAGGAAGUCGAUCACAAAACGUUCGUCUUCCCGGAGACAGUGUUUACGGGCGUCACGGCCUACCAGAACCAGCUGAUUACCAAGCUGAAAAUCGAUUCCAAUCCGUUCGCCAAAGGAUUCCGGGACUCGUCCCGACUGACGGAUUUCGACAGUUUUCCCAACAUAGAUCCCAUGGAAGCUCUCCUCCUGGAGCAGCACCUGCGUGCCCCCCUGCGCCUGUUCCCCGAUCCCUUGCUGGCCCAAUUUGCCAUGGGUCCUGGUCAGGAGAUGGACGGUGCUCACGUAGCCCUGCUGGAAAAAGCCCGCCAACACCUGCAGAUCUGGGGUCGGUCACCGUACAACGAUCUCCUGCUGCCCCAGAUGUACCAACGCCCACCCCAAAUGAAUCUAGGAAGCUUCUGGCAGAGCCAACCGUGGCCCCAGCAGCUUCCUCCGGCUGCAUUUCUGCAGAGCGCUGCAGCGGCCGCCGCAGCAUCUGCCGCCGUAUCGCAAGCUUCGACACCGCCACCUUCGCAUACCACGGUUUCAACGUCCUCGUCCAGUUCGGGGUCUCCGUCGCCGUCGGAUAUGCGAGCCAAGCACUUUGGCAACCGUUUCAGCCCCUACCAGAUGCCACCGCAGCAUGUGCCUCCACAGCACAACCAACCACCCUCGCCCCGAAGUCCACCGAAUUAGAGAAAAUCGAAAUACCAUGCAAUACAUACGCGGGAAUGAUUGCAUUCUGAAUCUGCUUAGGUCCUUCGUUUCUAUUCACUGUGUAAAUAUCAAGUUCUGUCGAUCGCUGUUAUUUAUUUUGCUUCUUUUAUUCUGUGUUGACACAAAUUUUUCGCCCAUCAAUUGGUGUAUUCACAUUGUUAAUCGAUUUUUAAUGGAUUUGUAAUUUAUUCUUAGUUCACUUCCUAGGCAAACUAAUGUAAUAUGGUACUAUAAUGCUACAUGAAUAAAAUAGUGGCACUGAAAAACGUGGUUGAUAUUCUCACACAACUUGUUGUGAUUCAAAACAAUUUGAACGAAUUUUCUUGUAAAUAGAAGAACGGGAAAUAAAUAAUACUGUGAGUUCAAUAA